ACUGUAACCUCUCAACAAGUAGAGACUUGAAAGCUCCAGCAGAGGAGGUGCUUUGCCUUUAAGUCCGAGCAGCGUUUAAAUGCUCUGCUUUGGUAGAACAGACGUUCACAGCUGUGUCGUCUACUUACAUAAGGAAUCAUUUUGGAUCAAAAUUGGGGAAUAUGGACACCUCAAGCUUGGACAACGACACAGACAAAAUCUGUCAGGAAAACAUCGACCAUAACCGAGCGCUGUAUAUUUUCUACUCUUCUGUGGUAGUGCUGGAGUUGAUCUUGGGUCUUCUGCUGAAUGUUACAGUUAUCCACCUCUUCAUCUUCAAGCUCAAGUUCUGGAAAUCUAAGACCAUUGACAUUUUCUUGUUCAAUCUGGUCCUGGCUGAUAUUUUGUUGCUGAUUGGAUUGCCCGUAAAGGCUUAUAACUUUCAGCAAUGCAGUGAACACAAGGUAGUGUGCAAAGUACAGCUCUUUCUACAGUUUCUCAACCGAGGAGCCAGCAUCGCCUUCCUGACGGUCAUCUCCAUUUAUCGAUAUUAUAGCGUGGUCCAUCCUGGGAAAAGUAGAGUCCUGAGGAUUUUGAGAAUGUCGCCUCAGAUUUCUGUAUUCAUCUGGGUGUUGCUUGGAAUCUUGACCAUUCCAGCCAUGUUGCAAAGUUUUAUCAGAUGCAACAUCAGUGAAAAAGAUGAGGAACUCACCACCAUUGUUCUACUGAGAGAAAUUGUGUUUUUUACUCAGAUUUUCAUACCCUUUUUUGUUCUUGUGUAUUGCUCAAUACGGAUUAUCAGAAGACUCAAACAGAAGUCAGUGGGUGACAAGACUAAGCUCCGGAGAGCGAUGUUCCUCGUCACUUCGGUGGUUUUCGUCUUUGCGGUCUGCUUCUUGCCUUAUGCCAUAACAAGAGCAGUGCAGCUAUAUAAAACUGGGCACGUGUUGCCAGAAGAGAAAGAUACUGUCGUUAAACUGUACGAUGGGCUUAUUUGUCUGUCUUAUCUGAACUGCCUGCUGGAUCCAAUCCUGUACUGUCUGAGCAGCAGUAAAUUUAAGAAGUUAUACAUAUCAAUAUAUCUCCCCUUUCUACUGGAGAAGGUACAACCUGAAAGUGCAGAAGAUACUGGAGAUGACUAAACUAAGUAAAAAAAAAAUAUAUCCUUUGAAAAGGAUGUUGGGAGAAUUUCAGUCAGUUGCUUAGAAUUGCAUUUCUGACGGAAGUGAUUUACAUUUGUAAAUGUGAUUAACGAUUUGUAUACUGGAAACUAGAAAUGCGUGAAUUAAUUUCUCUGUCAGGCACAGAGAAUGAAAUGAGCAAGAUUUCAUGUUUUAAUUGCAUCUUAUAAUUUUUGCAUGUAUGAUUUGUUUACUGAUAUGUGAUAUUUGUGAAAUUAAAUUUUAUUUCCUCACUGUUGUAUUUGUAAAUUUGUCUAAAGACUAUAAAGAUAAAGACUUCUUGAUUCCUA